AUGAUGAAGGUGCUGAGAAACUAUGAGAAAGUGUCAGGUCAGCUGGUAAAUAAUGAGAAGAGUUCUUUCUACUUGAAUGAAAAGGUCCCAGCAACGUUUAUUGGUAGAGUAAAAAGGAAAACUGGGAUGAGUAAAGGAACUUUUCCAUUUACAUACUUGGGAUGUCCAGUCUUCUAUGGAAAAAGAAAGAUAGUGUACUAUGAAGGUUUAAUCAAAAAGGUGAUGAAUAGAGUAAUGCCUUGGCAAAAUAGGCUACUAUCAUUUGGUGGAAGGUAUAUUUUGAUUGCGCAUGUUCUGCAGACUAUGCCAGUUUAUCUGUUAUCUGCUACGAAUCCAUUAAAAGGGAGUAAUACUACAGGAAUUAAAGGAAAACACUGGGUUGCAUGGGAGAAGAUGUGUUUACCAAAGGAGGAGGGAGGUCUUGCAUUCAGAUCUCUACAUGAUAUCUCAAAAGCUCUUUUCCCAAAACUCUGGUGGAACUUUAGAACAUCAGUGUCAUUAUGGGGUGCUUUCAUGGCUAACAAAUACUGCAAAAAACUUCAUCUGUUAUUGCACAAGCCAGGGAUGCAUCUCAUGCAUGGAAGAAAAUGUCCUGCUUUAGUGGAGGCUGAUAAUGAUAAGGCCUGGUGGAUGGGGGAAAACAGUGGUCAAUUCUUUGUUAAGAGUGCAUGGGAAGAGGUCUAA